UUCAAUUACGGAGCUCGCUUUAGGCUCCUCUUGACCGAGUCUCUUAAGGUGUUAGCUCACUUUCUGUCGUGACCUCUGCUAUGAUGUCUCCCAGGUCCAGUCGUCAGCUCGGCUUUCAGCUCCCUUUGUUAUGAUGGGCUUAUCGCAACCCACAUGCUAGCUCACGCUUAUCGGUACCUCACCUGAGGGUCAUAUUCGGGUCCAACAGUUGCCCCCAGCUUCCGAAUAAAAUCCUUUGUCUCGGAAGCUAGAAUCUAGCUAUCGAUCUUAUCUUUUCGUUAAGAUAAUGAUUAGUUCUUAUCCUAUUUAGAUUCAGCUUACUCGAUCUAACGGUCUUUAUUACGUUUGGCAGAAUCUAUGGUUCAGAUGGAGAGGGUUUGAAAUGACUUUUCCGAAUCUCGAGAGGUGAUGGGAUAUAAAGCGGUGAACAUUAACUGCUAGCCUUCCACUUUCUCCACGCCUCCGUUCGGUUUUCAAGAAAUCGAAGAUCCCCCGAAGCUCUCUACCAAGCUCACCAGGGCUCUAUACCGCAAGUUGCAACAGAGUCCCUGUACCUGGGUGGCCUACACCACUUCUCGAAUAAGUGCAGCCAGAUUCCCAGAUACCUACAACGCCUCUUUCCAAGAUCCCAUUCCUGCUGAGAACCUUGAGAGUGAGUUCUUGUCCGAACCUUUUCAAUGAUUUUAUCGCUUUGAAGUUUUUAAACUUAAGGAUUUCCAUUGUUCCAGUUUCGGCAGGCGAUUCGGUUGUAUCGAUCUCAACUGGUGCUAGUGCUUCGGGAACUGAAAAGUCUCAGCCAGGUGACAUGACUCUGCGACCGUCAUUCCGUUCUAGGGGUAACCCCUCUAAAGCUGCCAGUGCUUCUCGUGGAAGCGACAGGAACCAAGGAGGAUCGUUCCUUAUCUCAAUGAAGGAAGUUUUGGACGACGGAGGAUCCAAACCUGUUGUCGAGACUACUCCAACUGAGGUUGUAGCUCAGGAUGCUGCUCCUCUCCCUGAGGUCCAGGUGCCGGAGGCUGACUACCAGGCUCCGAAGGGUACCUCUGAGAUCGAGCCGUCGAGACACAAGAGGCCCAGGAUCGAUCAGGGCGGAGCUUCCAUCCGUUCUUCUUCCUCGUCCUCUAGAGGAGGGACUGUUGGGUGGAGCUUUACCCAUUCGAAGCCUGGGUCGAUCCUGGAUGACUCUUGGGGCCUAGCUGCGAUAAUGAGGCACCUGAAGAGCGUGGGAUGUCCCCUUCCAGCGCUCAAGGACCUGACUAACCGAGAUGAGUAUCUCGAUAUUGCCCACUGUAUGGGUCAGUUGGCUGGGGCUGUUAACAGGGCCCAGCUCAGGUUUGAGAAUGCUCUGUGUGCUGCCCCCAAUGCUGGUGAACUUGCUGAGGUUACCGAGAUGGUUAAGGCAGCCAAAACCGAUCUUGACCAAGCCCGGGUUCGAAUUUCUGAACUCGAAGCCGAAGUGACGAGGCUAGGCUCGAAGGCCGAUGCUCAGCAAGGAGAGAUCGAGAGUCAAAAGCUCGAUAUCCAGGUGAAGAGCAGGAGGAUCAAUGAUUUAGAGGCUGCUCGAAAGAUAGCUGAGCAUCAAGUACGUGAGCUCAUUGCCUCAUCCCGGGAUAGCCAGAAGAACAAGGAAGCUGAAGUCAAGCUGGCUGUCAGGGAAGGGAAGAAAGAAGUCGCCGAAGCUUACGGCAAGAUCCUGGUCUGUGUUAAGGAGAAGUUUGCUAGGAAGAAAGAUGAGGUCGACGCUUUGGUGUACGCUCAGGAGCUCCAAGCUAAUGCCGACCUCUUGAAGGAUAUGCUGAACAACAAGAUCCAAAGCGUUGAAGAGGAGUACAACCAAUUGGUGGCCUUAUUACCAGAAGCGACAACUGCGUAUGAGAAGGCUCAAGUCUCUGACUUCUCGGUCAGCAAGCUUCCUCUUCCCCAGAUCUCGGAGAGUUCAGGUACUUUCGAGAUUAACAUGUUUAAUCCAUCCUUUUCUGGGGAGUAUGGCUCUAAUUUGGGUUUGAUGGCUCCUGACUUAGCUCCAGUCGAGGCAGCAAUAGGAGGUGACGGCAAUGUGGUCGAUGAGGGAGUUCCUGCCGGUGCUGGUGAUCCGAUUCAGGAAGAGAAGGAAGAUUGAGAGCUACGGCUCUUUUAACUUUAUGUUUUGUGUUUUUAAGACUUCGGCCUAAGGGCUUUGUUUCGUUAUGUUUUGUGACUUAGUGCCUGAGGAGGCCUUUAAACCUUAACGCUUGCUGGAUUUCAAUAGCCUGGGGAGGUUUUUAAACCCUUUCUUAUGUUUAAAUCGUGGCUAUUAUUUCUGUUUUAAGUUUUUGAACUUAACCUCGUUUCAUUUAAUCAUAGUGAUUGCGAAUCUCA